CCGAGAUAGGAAUAUGAUUAGUGGGGACACCUGAUCAGUGACAGUUCGGUGGGGCUACUUUGGAUUAACUUGUCUCGAAUUUGGGCUUGAAAGCUUUGUUUGACUGCGAGAUCUGGGGUGGGCCCAGGAACGAGAAAUAUCGAGAUUGGAGACUGAAAACGGGGUUGAGGAAUUGUGGUACCAUUUUUUGUGGGAUCCUGGAGGGUUUCCUGGGAUUUGAUACGGGGUAUGCGAGUACGCGCGGCCGUCUGGAUUGAUGGUGUCAGUCGCGCAGAGGCGAUGCAACGCAGAUACGUCUCUAGCUACGCAAAGGACAUGUGUCAUUCCGCCCUCGUUCCUCGUUCGUUCGGAAAAGGACGCAAGGUUAUCGUCGGUACCGCGACGCAGAAAGAUAAAGCUAUCCGCGUGUGUAACGGGGCAACAGGUUCGCGGUAGGUUACCGAAAGUGAGCUGAUAUAGGUUAAUCGCACCCCAGUCACAGGCCCAUGACGGCACUGUAGCGACGGACGCUAAAAGGAAUUGAUAGACAUGAGCCCGAAGGCUUGCUGUGUCGGUAUGAUGGAUGAUGUAGGGAGGUGACGUUACAACGUCCCGGGCCCACGGCUGCGCGUAUGGGUGCCCACCGGUAAGAUGCUGCAGAGUUCUAUGCAGUGGAAGGAUGUCGAUUCUGCCUAGUAUGUGCCUAUGCUUACUGGAUGCGGGUGAUGCGGCGGGGACGAUGAGCGUACGAGGCCAGUGAAAGCCUGGAUAUAGGCCAGUGCGCAGCCGGGAUCGAACGAGAUCACCCGAAGGCUUCUUGCACAGUCCAUCUCAACUGAUAUUUCACUCAUUCGACACGGCGGCCAGAGAUGAUUGCUAAUCAACAAGGUUGGAAGUGUUCUAUGUUUACGGCAAACCACAUACUCUGCAUUUGGAAAUAAGUUCCAGCGCCACAUAAGAUGGCAGGACGAGACAAAUAGGGAACGGGGGGCGUGGCAUGACAAAGAGGCAGCGAAAGGGGAGAGAAGGUCGAGGGAGACGUGGGAAACAAGACAGGAAAGCAACAGACAGGUGCAGAUUAGCUUGUCUGUGGCAAGGUACGGCACCGGCAAGCUGGUGGGCCGGACGUACAUAAGGUGGUGGGUACAGUGACGGCAUAGCCACGUUGCAGGCUUGUGCUGGUGUUGUGCAGAUACAUCAUGUCACGGAUUGACGAGAUGGAAUACAUCACGGAUCCCGUGACCCGUACAUCCUGCAAAGGUGCAACAGCAGAAAUCAGAAAUAUGAUGCAGAUGUGAGUGAGGCGAGCCGUCGAUCAAAUGAGCGAUAGGAAGAGGAGGUGAAGAUGCGAAGUGUCUGACAGCGACAGAAAUGUCUCGGUGGUGAUGGCAACAGCCAUGGUCUGAAACACAGAUGGAGAGCUGGCACUAGCGCCAGAGAGCCACUGGCGGUGCGCUGCCUCGGUGGACGAGGACGAGGAUAUAGGAUUAUGCACAGUAAGGUUGAACGAGGAAAGGUGACUAAAGAGGGCUGUGUC